UCGUCACUUCCGGUCUUUCCUCAAGGAGCGUGUUAAAAAUGGCGGAGCAAAAGUCGGUUCCAAGCGAUCUUUACAAAAGCGUUUAUUCCUUUCUGCUGGAGAACAAGUUCACCAAGGCGGCCCAGCUCUUCUUGAAACAGACUAAAGUCGAACCACAGGAUCAAAAUGAAGAGAGCCUCGUCAACAUCUAUAACUUCUGGGUGAAGUCUCCCGAGGCGAAGAAACGGAAAGUACCUCCUAAUCGGCCUGAAGCUAUCAACAGUCCUGCAGCUAAGAAAGCUAAAGCUACUGCAGAAAGCUCCGGCAGUGAAGAGUCGAGUGACUCUGAGGAGGAGAAGGCGCCCGCAAAGGGCCCUGCUGCUGCUGUCAGCACAAGGAAGAAAGACAGAAGCUCAUCGAGUGAGGAAUCCGACUCCGAGGAUGAACAGCCUGCCAAAGCUGCACCAAAAGCCAGCGCAGGUGCCGUCACGCCCAAAGCAGCUGUUCCCUCCAAAGGUGCAGCUCAGAAGAAGCAGGAGAGCAGCAGCAGUGAAGACAGCUCCUCUGAUUCUGAAGAAGAGCAGCCGGCCAAGGCCGCAGCUAAACCUGCCCCAGUGAAGAAGCCCCCCCCAGCUGCAGCUGCUGAAGAAUCCAGCAGUGACGAGUCUUCGUCUGAGGAUGAAGCUCCGCCGAGCAAAAAACCCAAAGCAGGAGCAUACAGUGCAGUCCCUCCUCCUGCUUCAAUCCAGAAAGCUCCAGCUGCCGGGAAGGCUAAAGAGUCAGACAGCAGCAAGGAAGAGAAGAAAGUAGCUGCAAAACCUGCACCUGCAAAGAAAACCAACACAAAAGCUGCUGCGUCCAAGCCUGCAGCAAAGAAGCAAGAGUCCAGCUCCGAGAGUUCUGAUUCAAGCUCGGAUGAGGAGGCCAAAAAGCCUGCAGCUAAAGUUGCAGCAGCUAAAGCAGCCCCAGCUAAACCAGUCCAAGCUAAAGCAGCCCCAGCUAAACCAGUCCAAGCUAAAGCAGCUCCUGCUGCAAAAGAAGACUCUGAUGAAGACUCGUCCAGUUCAGAGGAAGAGGAGGCGAAGAAACCUGCCGCAAAGGUGACUCCUGCUAAAGCUGCUCCAGCGAAGAAACCAACAGCUAAACCUGCGCCAGCAAAGACUACCCCAGCUCAGAAAGACGAGUCCUCCAGCUCAGAAAGCAGCUCUGAAGAUGAGGCGCCUGUAAAACCCGUGGCUAAACCUGCAACCCCCAAAGCACCAGCUGCUGCCUCUAAACCUCCAGCAAAGGCAGCAGAGACGAGCUCCUCAUCCUCGGAGGACUCCUCUGAGGAUGAGGAACCAGCGAAACCCAAACCAGCUGCUAAAACUGCUACAGCUGCAAAAAAGCCUGCUGUUAAAAAACCUGCAGCUGAGAGCAGCUCGGAGUCCGACUCCUCAUCAGAGGAUGAAGAACCGGUGAAAACGAAACCUGCAGCCUCAAAGGCUGCUCCGCCUGCUAAGACAAAGGCCACAGCAGCGACACCACCUUCAAAGCCCGUCACUCCUGCAGCUAAAGCAGCUGCAGCAGAGAGCAGCUCUGAUUCUGACUCCUCAUCAGAGGAUGAAGAGGAGACUGCUAAGGCCAAGCCACCUGCAGCUAAAGUGUCCACUCCAGCAUCAAAGCCUGCAGCUACGAAAGGGAAGGCCGCUGCCGCUGAAAGCAGCUCGGACUCCGAUUCAUCUUCUGAAGAACAGCCAGCAAAAUCCAAGCCAUCAGCUGCUGUUCCAGCUGCAAAACCUGCAGCAGAGAGCAGCUCAGAGUCCGACUCCUCAUCAGAGGAUGAAAAACAGGUUAAGGCGAAACCUGCAGCCUCGAAGGCUGCUCCACCUGCCAAGACAAAGUCCACAGCAGUGACACCACCUUCAAAGCCCGUCACUCCUGCAGCUAAAGCAGCUGCAGCAGAGAGCAGCUCUGAUUCUGACUCCUCCUCUGAGGAUGAAGAACCAGUCAAAGCUAAACCUGCCGUCGCUAAAGCAGCUACACCGAUCUCGAAGCCUGCCGCAGCUGCUAGUGCCAAGAAGGCCACGCCAGCUUCAGGAAAAAAGGCCAAAGAGAGCAGCUCCGAGUCUUCAGAAAGCUCUGAGUCGGAGGCAGAGGCUGCCCCCGCUAAGCCUUCAGCAACAACUCCUAAGACGUCAGCGAAGGCCGCCAAGUCGUCUUCAUCCAGUGAAAGCAGCUCUGAAGAGGAGGAGUCGGCGAAGAGUAACAAAAAAGCCGCUGCGCCUGUUGUCGCAGCCAAGAAGACUCCAGCAGCUAAAACCAAGGAGAGCAGCAGCUCCUCAGAGAGCUCCUCCGAGGACGAAGGAAAACCACGUAAAGCAGCCACUGCCCCCUCGACCCCCACGACUAAAUACGCCAAUGGAAAGAAGAAACAGGACGGAGAAGAGGAGGAGACGGAAGAAAAGACUCCAAAUAACAAGAAAGUGAUCACAACCCCCCAGACCUUCCCUAAAGCCAACAAGAAGUCGUCCAACGUUCCCUUCCGGAGAAUAGUGGAAGAGCACAUCGAGGUGGACCCCCGUCUUGCAGACAACUCUUUUGAAGCGAAGUCUGGAGCGAACGGAGACUGGGGACAGAAAGCUAACCAGAUACUCCGAAACACCAAAGGCAAAUCAUUCCGCCAUGAAAAGACGAAGAAGAAAAGGGGAAGCUACAGAGGCGGAGCCAUUUCCACCACCAUCAACUCUGUGAGGUUCGACAGCGACUGAGGAACUCGGACUCUUCCAGUUGGACCUGGGAUCAGGAAGACUCGUCUGAUGGGACUAACCCUGCAGCACAACGAGACCCGGCACUUCGUUUUCUUUGUAGAGGAGACCGUUUGUGAUGCGAGGCAGAUGUUUCCAGCUGUGACAUCAGGCUGUUUGACUUAAAUGUAAUUUAACUUAUGGCCACUAGGUGGCCACAGGACACCCAUGAAUGGAGCUGACGUUUGUUUCUUUUGUUAUCAUGAACUUUUUCUGAAUAUAGGUGUCCCUUUAAAUAAUGUAAGUUCGGUUUUUUU